AUGGCUGCUCAAAUUCUACUUUCUGUGCUAUUGGAGGCGGAGAAGGCUCUUGCUGGUGGGGUGAUUACGGAUCCAAAUCAGCGAGAGGAGCUCUCUCAAGUUUGCGAGCGACUAUGUCUGCAAUUCCACUCUCCAACUCGCAGAUUGGAUGACCUCUCAUACCGGUUGCCAGAGCUUGUUGCGGUGAAGAUCGCGAUCGACAUGGGAAUAUUUGAUACGAUUUCCUAUGAGGAAUCCGGGCUCACAGCUGCUAGUAUUGCAUCGACUCUGGGAGUGGAUAAUAUUCUUGUUGAGCGUGUGAUGCGAUCUUUGGCUGUGAGUGGUCUUGCUCACAUUACACCCGUCAACACCUACAAGCCCGAUCCAUGCGUGAAGGAUUUCAGACAGGGCGGAUAUAUGCGGGACCAAAUGAUAUUUCUUCAUGACGUGCACUAUCAAGUAUUCCCAAAGCUUGCAGACUUUCUGGCUGAGACCAAUUAUCGAAACCCCGGUGAUGCCGACUGUGCACCAUUCCAGAUGGCCAUGAACACCAAAGAGCACUUCUUUGAAUGGCUUGGAAAGCGAGAAAAGCAACAGGAAGCUUUCAAUUGUCUCAUGCAGACCAGUCGCGGAAGAAAGUACCCUGUCAAGUGGCCAGAUAUCUUCCCUGUUCAAAAUCGAUUUUCUCACUUUCGAGGAGUCAAUGCCUCGAAGGAAAUCCAGUAUGUUGACAUUGGAGGAGGAGUUGGUCAAGAAAUUGAGACACUCGUGAACACGAUACCCGAUCUAUCUGGCUUGUUCAUAUUACAGGAUAUCCCAGAGGUUGUGGCGAGUAGCUCCCUGGGCGAACGAGUCCCUUCCCACGAGACGCAACAUUUCCAGCUCAUGGGUCAUAACUUCUUCCAACCUCAACCUGUGAAAGGGGCCGAUUUCUAUUUCCUUGGCCGCAUCCUACACGAUUGGCCAGAUAUACAGGCGCGUCAGAUCCUGGGCCAUAUCCGAGAUGCUAUGGACGAACACUCCGUUCUUCUUGUUCAUGACCGUGUUCUCUCAGACAUUCCGAGUGAGGUCUUUCCCAAGGACAUUCAAGCUGAUUUUAUCAUGAUGGCUAUAUUUGCGUCCCUUGAGCGCUCAGAGACACAAUUCCGGGAACUGCUCAAAUCUGCUGGACUUGUGCUGUUGCAAACAUGGAGACCGGAGAGAUCUUUGGAGUCCAGACAGGCAGUAUUGGAAAUUAUGAAAGAAUGA